CAACUUCCGUACAUUCGGAACUUGACUGUCGAAGUCGUGUAGUUGUUCCGCGUGAGAAGGGCUCAGCGACGCUAGUGGUUAGACCACAAGAAUGUCAUCGUCAUUUAUUUUGCGUGUCUCAUUAUUUGGUUCAUCCGACUGCCUAGCGGAGGUAUAUUGAGCACGAUACGUGAGAAAAAAACCAAAAUUGCUAUUCAUCGUAUUGCAUAAUACAACUUCAUACUCCAGCAAAUUCUCUCUAUAUUCAAUCUAUUGACUAUGCCUCACUAAAGAAAGAGUCAAGUACUAUCCCAUUCGGAUAUGGCUAAUAAAAAUCCACCCACCUUCUACUUUUCAUGUAACGCUUUCUUUUCCCGAAAGAAAACCCCCUCGCCGUGGUUGAGCGAAUAUACUAGUUGUUAUUACUUACAAAAGAUUUUCUUUCCCAGCUUUUGUUUUUUAAACAACAUAAAAGCCAAGCGUAGAAACUAGGGAAAUUUCGAACGACAACCAGCAGCAUUUAUGCUUGUCGAAAUUAUUAACCUAUUGCUAAUGGGCUGUGGGAAGUUGUCACGCAGGUCACGUUAAUUUCUAAGCUGUUUCUUUUGUUGGUUUAUCUUUGGGACAACGUGCUGUGUUUGAGGAAACCAUAGUGUAACGAUUUCGUCCUCUGUAGCACUCUGUAGUGUGAUCUAAUUAAUCUAAAGGAACCUCCCUCCCUGCUAUCGAUUGAUACGCAAUCGACAUUUCAGCAGACGACUCUUUAGCUGUCAAAAUUCUGACCGCGAGAAACUUAACAGAUUUCACAUUAAAGCUAAUUAGCGGUUAGUUUUUCGUCAUUAUGACAGAAUUCGAUGUAGAAGUAGUUUUUGAGGUCGCAUUAAAGGCAGUGAAAGAUGCAGGAGAGAUUAUCAAAGAAGCUUUUUAUAAGAAGAAAUCUGUGCUCACCAAAUCGUGUGAUGUCGAUCUCGUGACAGAAACUGAUCAGGCGGUAGAGAAAAUGUUGAUUGGCAGGAUUAAAGAAAACUUUCCUAGUCACAUGUUUAUAGGAGAAGAAUCUGUGGCAGUUGGAGAAAAGUGUGACCUUACAAAUGACCCCACCUGGAUUGUCGACCCAGUUGAUGGGACAAUGAACUUUGUGCACUCCUUCCCUCAUUCAUGCAUUGCACUUGCGGUCUUGUAUCAUAAAGAUGUCCACAUUGGCAUUAUCUACAACCCAAUUCUAGAGCAAAUGUACACAGCCAAGUGUAAUCAGGGAGCAUUUCUCAAUGAUAAGCCAAUUCGAGUCUCUGAGGAAACAGACUUGAGCAAAUCGUUAGUUAUUGCCGAAUUCGGCACAAACCGUGAUACCCAAAAAAUGGAAAGCGUCCUUAAAAACGUCUCAGCGCUUAUGAACAAAGUUCAUGGAUUACGCGCUAUGGGAAGCGCUGCAUUGAAUAUGGCCUCAGUCGCAGCUGGCGGGGCGGAUAGCUACUUUGAAUUCGGGAUUCAUGUUUGGGACAUAGCCGCCGGAGCGCUCAUUAUAAAGGAGGCAGGAGGUGUCUGUCUCGACACUGAAGGAGGACCAUUGGAUUUGAUGUCACGGAGAAUGAUAUGUGCCUCGUCAGAAAAACUGGCUCUACAAAUCAUUCCCCUACUUGACCAAUUGAAAUUAGAAAGAGACUAAAACAUAGCUGAGUUGUAGAAUUUGAAUUCUACUUCACAUAAAACCAAAGUCUUAAUUUAACUGUUAAUUUAAGGAAUUCGAAAGAAUAACGAAAGAAACUUCAAUAAAAUAAUUUAAAAUUG